CGGGCGCCGUCCGUGCUGAGUCACGGUCGGUCGGUCGGUCGAUCGGUCGGUCGUCGGGGAUGGGCACGGCCAUCCUGUGCGGCGGGGGUCUCCUCCUGGAGCGGGCCCGGCACCUCCGCCUCCACACCGGGAACCUGCUCAACUGGGGCCGCCUACGGAGGAAGGGUCCCGACGCCCACGGACACGAGCUAAGAGAUUGCAUUCAAAAGACGCUGAGCGAAUGGAGUUCCCAAAUCAGCCCAGAUCUACUGCGGGAGUUGCCGGAUGCCUUGGAAUGUACUGUCUCUCAGGCGGUAGAAAAAAUAAAUCCCGACGAAAGAGAAGAAAUGAAAGUUACCGCAAAACUGUUCAUUGUAGGAUCUAAUACUUCGUCCAUCAAAGAUUCAGUUGACAUUGCCUGCUCUGUCCUGGGGAUUGCUCAGCUCGACUCAGUAAUCAUAGCUUCCCCUCCCAUUGAAGAUGGAGGCAGUCUCUCCUUGGAACACUUACAGCCGUAUUGGGAAGAACUGGAAAACCUCGUUCAGAACAAAAAGAUUGUUACUAUAGGUACCUCCGACCUAGACAAAAUGCAGUUGGAGGAACUGUACCAAUGGGCCCAGGUAAAGCCUAGCAGUAAUCAGGUUAACCUUGCUUCUUGUUGUGUGAUGCCUCCUGAUUUGACAGCAUUUGCUAAAGAGUUUGACAUUCAGCUGCUGACUCACAACGAUCCCAAAGAACUUCUUUCUGAAACAAAUUUCCAAGCAGCUCUUCAAGAAAGUUUCCCAGACAUUCAAGCAAACGAGUGGAUACCACUGUGGCUCCUACGGUAUUCCGUCAUUGUCAAAAGCAGAGGGAUUAUCAAAUCAAAAGGCUACAUUUUGCAAGCUAAAAGAAGGGGAACUUAAUGCUUUUUGAUGUCAUGUUUUGGAAAAGUAGCUUUUUGAGGGGGAGGCAAAAGAAGUGAAAAUCCAGAAACUGUAAAGACCAAAACUUUCAAGUGAUAUGCGAGGGCAAGAUUUUUGCAGGUGAAUUGGGCAGGAUGUAGUCAAGUACUAAAUAUCCUUUCUUGCCUCAAGACCAGUUCUCUAUUGUAUAAAAUGUAUUGUUUUCAGUAAACUAUUAUUUUCUAAUUGAGAUUGUCUAUAAAAAAAAAAUUGGAAUUUAUUUCCUUCUUAUUUUUAUGAGUAAGUCAAGAAAAUUGUUGCUAGAUAAAUUGGGGCUGCAGGCAUCCACUUAUUCAUCCUAUGCCAGAGUAAGCAUCCUCACUUUUGAUUUGCAAAAGUAUUUUUUCAUGAAUUGUUUUUUGGCUCCUUGAUAGUACUAAAGAUUGUUUAAUUGCCGUUCUUAGAACUUCCGACACUGGAACAUGCUUCAGGGUUUUUAUUCACUAGUGAAAAUUACGUCGCAGAGUUAAGAUAAAUCCGCUUUAAGCAGUACAAACAAAAUUAGUCCUUAAAUCCUUGCUUGGAAAUUUGACUCUUUCAUGGACCUCAUGAUCUCUUAAUGUAUUCUCGAAAUGUAGCUGCAGAUGUUUGCCCUGUGGCUCCCAAGCAUUCACCUCGUGCUGUGGUAAACAGGUGGACAAACGGAGAAAACCUGAAAUUAAUAUCGUGUUGGAUUCUUUUUCGAAGCAACUAAAAGCCGAGCAUGGGUGGAAACACUCCCUGAAUAGCCAGAAAGCGUUCCCAUUUCUUUCACGUGUAUUGCAAGUGUUCUGUCGCAAAGACUACCUGAAGAAUCGACAGCAAAAAUAAUAAAAUAAGGUUGUCAGUGUCCACUUUUUAGAUCAUGUUAAAGAUUUCCAGGCCUGUUAGGCAUUGUUCCAAAUGACUGAAUUACUAUCGUGGCUUUAUAAAGCGCCUUUGUUCGGUAUAAUUCAAAGCCUUCCUCGUUUCUGUCAUCACAAUAUCUCUUUGAGAUAGGAAGAGACAGAGUAAGCAUCGAGAAUUCACAGAUGAUGGAGAAAGAGGCCCAGGGAGGGUAAAUGAUUUGCCAUUUUUACUCCUAGGUGGUCAUUUUCCAACUAUGUCUUCAGCCUUGCAUUCGUGCAAGCAUUUUUAAUCCUUGGGUCCAGAGGAGGAAAAACAAGCUUGCUCUUAACUGAGAAAAGAACGAGGAAGGAUAUUUCUAAAUCUCGGUGUAUGCUUUUCCUGUUUUAGAUGGACUCUGAAGCUGAUCGAAAAUCUGAUAGGAACUGUGGAGAUGGUUUUAGCCACCUAGUUUUCUUAGUAAAGAUGUAAUCUUAAUUCGAUUUAGGCGCUGAGCUUGCUGAAAGCAUUUUUAUAUGGACUUUAUAUGGUGUUUUCGCAUAAACAGCGUCUUUGACUUUAGAGAAUGCUAUAUGUUCUCAGAAUUUUGAGUCUUUAAAAAAGUUGACAAGCUAAUCAGCUUUCACUAGAAAUCUAAAGAUCUCAAAGGUUUAAUUUUUAAAAUGAAACUUGAAAUUGCUGAAAUUUAUAGGAAGUUUUGUUUGGAAAAGAGAAAAAAACUUAGGCUGAGAAUGCUUCUGCCAAAUUUUGUUUGUACUUUGCCUUCAAUUUUUUGGUUAAUUGCCCCAAAGAAUAGAAAUCCAGAAGGGUAAAAAUGAAUGUCAUUUUGCAAGUGAAUUUUUAUCAUUCGACCUGUUUUUUGACUAGCUAAAGUCCUGUGUGCUUUAUUGAUAAAACAAUCUCUGGUGAAGGUUCCUUGUGACAGUCAGCAAUAACUGAAGUUAUUCCAUUCCUUCAGGCUCUAUAAACAAAGUGGAAAUUAAUUGCGGCAGGCAAAUUGUACCCUUUUAGAGAUUCCUAUGUGAAAGUAUCAUUAGAGUCCCUAUUUCAAGUAAAGUCAUCAGAAUACUUGUUUUAUUAAUAAAUUGUAUUGAAUGGAGUCUCAAGGAUCUUGUUUGUUUUAUGGCUCAUCUGAGUUCUGAUUCAGUGCCUAAUUGUGACUGACGUUCAUUGAGAACUGAAUGAUUUUUCAAGAAUUCUGAUGACUUAAGGGUACUCAUCAUAGCAUUUGCUUUUAGCAUUUCCUCCGUCACCUGUUUCCACAUGAGUGAUGCUGUCAGCUGAUGUACUGAUACUGAACGGCCUGUUGAUAAGUAACUCCUCUCCAUCUAGAAAUAUUUAGAGAAACUUGGAACAAUUCGCUUUUUAUUCUGAACUUUUUUGUUCACUCUUAACUGCCUAAUGCUUCAAAACAGGUAACUGUUUUUCCUUCGCAAUUCUAAAAUAAGAGAAGGAAAUUUGUCUUUUUGAAUUUCAUGACUUUGUAAUUUUAUGGUCCCAAAAUCUACUGUUAGGGGAGGAAAAUGUGAUUUUUUUUUAAUACAGCAUCCAGCAUCUACUUCUUGGAGUCGUUUCACUCGAGAUAUAAAGGCAAACUGCUAAACAUUCAUUAACAAAAUAUAUCUAUUAUAAUUUUCCCUGCCACUAAUCCAUUCAAAUAAAAUGUGAGUUUGUAUCCUGA